UUCCUUAAGGCAAACGCUAUGUAGAUUUUGCAGCUUUAUGUUAAGGCAAUAUGUGUUCACAUCGCAUCAUUGAUUAAGGAAGUUUAUUUUACGAUUUUCAGUUAGUUACAUUUAUUUAUAACCUAUCCUUGCGCAUUGUAUUCAAAACAACAGUAUUAGGAAAACAUAUUAUCGGGACUAAAAACAAAACGAACCAUUAAAUCUGAUAUAGUUUAUCUGACUGAACAGUGAAAAUGGCGGACAACAGAGGAUAUGGAACUAUGCCGCCCGGAGCCCCUGGUCCACACCAACCAUCCCCAGGGCCAUACCCUCCGAUCGGGCAGUAUAUGCCUGUAACACCUAAUUGUAUGGCAUGUCGGGUUGGCUUCAUGCAAGAGGGGUACUCCAUUGUUGGUAUUAUACUUGCCAUCGUCUUUUUCCCUAUCGGCAUCCUUUGCUGUCUGAUGAUGAAAGAGAAGAAAUGUUCAAACUGUGGGUCUACCGUUUCCAUGUAAAGCCGGGAUAUCUACGAACUUAUAAUGAAGAAAGAUUGGUGUUGAUGUGUACAUAUCUUACAUUGUGCCUCAUUAUUUCUACAUGGAUCCAUAACCCUACUUACAUAGCAUUAUUGGAGACUUUAACCCUAAUAUAAAAAAGUGCCAAUGAAAAAACGUUAUUUUGUGUUUUUGAAGGUAUUAAUACAUGUAUAUUAUUUUAAUGCUUGUUUGAUUUUCAUGGAGAUGUUUUGUUAUGUCCUAGUUUGUUAUACUAUAAGAUGUAAGGGGAAUUCUAAUUUCAUACCGAGUAUGAAUUGUUAAGAACUAUGCUUUUCCUAAUCUCUCUACAUAAUAACUUGUAAAUUUUAAUUCACUUUCUAAGAUUUCUAAAUCUUGUUCUAUCUCGCUGAAUUUAUUAAACAUAUUGUCCAUUUAUACACAAGAUGCUUUGCACUUUAAGAAAACCCGUGUCAGGGAAAAAUAAUCUUGUAACUGAAACCGCACUCAGCGGGAUUUGAGUCAUAUCGACGUUUUUCAUUUAAAACUUCCUGUUCAAAUAACAUCCAUAUCUAUAGAACACGCUUCCGGGUGUGAUGUUCCACGUUAUGGUGGUAUAGAUGCUCUGUGGUGUACCGCAUUUGCUCUUUAAAACUUAAGUGUAUGUUGCAAGUGUGCAACGUAACUCGUACUGUUUUUCGACCAAUUGUGUUGACAAUAAUACAAACAAAUUCGUUGCAGUGGUAAUUAUUAUAUUACUUUUUUCCGCUAUAUUAAAACGAUGUUGUUAAUGAUGAUAAUGAUAGAUUUUACUAUUAUUAUUAUAUAAUUAAAAAUGAAAAAUUGA